UAUAAUUGGUGUAAACUUCUAAUUAAAAAUGAAGAUAACAUUGUUAAUAACGAUGUGUAUGUGUUGUUACCCACUUGAAACUGUACAACAAGAGGGACCGGAUCCUUGGCACAACAAAAAUGACGCAAUACUUCAACAAAAGGAAAAUAUUGAUGUUACACCUGAUCUGAGGAUGUCUUUGCCUCAGGUUAGGACUACAGAAUCCGCAAGUACAGGGAUGAGAGACUGGUUCUUUAAACGAAUGCUAGCCAUUAUAUUAAAAGGAGGGAAUUAUAAAAAAAACGAAGACAACUCAGUUGAAGUUUCAGUUCAAAUGCGAUUUGACGAGAGUCAAUGGACCACUUUAAAUGAUUACCUCAAUCCAAAUGUAGCUCUAUCUGAGGAAAUAUUCCGUCGCUCUGUGGGAUAUGUGGAGAAUGCCAUUUAUAAGCCUAGUGUUUCAGAAAGAAUCGUCAUGGCAUGGAAUGAUUACAUACAAUUUUAUUUGGUGGAAUAUAAGAUGGAAAUCACAAUGGCGUUUGGAAUAUUAUCAGCUGCCGGUGCAAUGAUGUGGCUGUGGAAUCAUAUGUCCCAUAAACACUUCAAGAUUAUUGUUUUUAUUGCACUCUAUUUAUAUGAAGUAUUUGUUUCAUACAAAGAAGCCGAGCAACACGAAUUUGACCGUUACAUGUCAGCAAUUAAUAAAUGUAAAUGGUAUUUCUGGUCAUCCACCUGUGAUGUGCCACCUCCCGACCCUAUCAAGUUCUUGAAAUAUAUGAACCCCUUGAAAAUAGGUGUGAGGAUGUUUACUACAAUUAUAUCUGAGCCCAUGAUCACUAUAAGUGCCACGGUUCAGACAAUAAUUCAUGGGAUAACAGAUGGCAUGUGGUUUCCCCUGAAUGUGAUAAUGACAGGUUUAUUAACUGUAGCUUUUACUGUUAUAUUAGUUGUUCUUCUUGUGAUGAUAGUAUUUACCUAUAUACUUAACAUUCCCUUUAAUCUUAGUUUUCUAUGUGGUUUGUUUAGCAUUGGCGUAAAUGAAAAACGUGGUAGGACUAAUAUAAGUAACGUAAGUGGUAAUCAAAUACCUAGCAUAGAUGGUGGCGGAGAUCGGAUAAGCAGCGCCACCCUAGAUAGGAUAUUAGAUGUAUGUACGCGGGCACUUACUAGUGCACAAAUUAAUAAUACAAGUUCUACUCAAAUCCCACGAAUCCAGGCUGCAAGACCUCUUCAUGUUACUAAUGGAACAAUACUAACAACUUCUUUAAAGAGGUCUUCUAGUACUGGACGAUUGCAUGAUUAUAAAUUUUGCAAUCAUGAUUUCGAACCAUCUACAACAGAUUCUGGAGUUAGAAAAAGAAAUGAUGGGAAUACAAGAUUAAUAAACGAUGGCAGUGGUGAUGCCUUUUAAAAUGCAUGGACCGAAAUGAGCCGAAAUAGAAGUUAUGUUAUGUGGGAAUCAAAUUCAAUUUGAU